AUGUUGUCAGACGAAGAAAUUAAAACAAAACGUCAAACUAUAAAGAUUAAACCACGUACUAUAAACCCCAUAAAAAAAAGUUUAAGGCCAAAUUUAGAACGCGUUGAUUCAACAACAUCAUCGAAUAAUGAUGAUAUUGAUACAAUAGAUCUCACUGAUAGUAGUAAUAGUCUUAAAUAUGAUGACAUGAAUUAUAUUGAUAUUGAUAUUGAUAGUGAUAAUGAUACUAUAAAUGAUGAUGUUAAGAUCAAAUUUGAUACUACUACCAACAAUAAUAUUGAUAAUGACAAAAAUAAAGAAAAUAGUAAUAAUGAGGAAGAUGAGGAAGAUGAUAUUUUUUUUACACGUAAAAGAGUUUUUGUUAAGAAAUCGCCUACUAUCAAAAAAAAUAAAAAGAGUUUAGAAACAAUUUCAAAAAUUAAAAAAGAUGCUACUAUUAUAAAAGAAUCUAUUUGUUUAAUCGAUGUUGACAAAAGAGAUGAUUAUGUUAAUAUAGAUGACGAUAGUAGUAGUAAAGACAUUACACCGCCUCCUCAACCAUCAUCACAAGUUUUGAUUGAUUUACAAAUACAAGAAACAAAUUCUAAAAGAUUAAAAUUUUUAAAAGAAAAUUUCUCAUUCAAAACUCAACAACAACAAGAUAAUAGUAACGGUAACAGUCAAGAGAUAAGACAGCAACAAGGGUAUAAAGCUCAAGAAGGUCAAGUCCAAGAGCAAUCCGCUUCUAAUUACACUGCAAAUAAAAAAAUUCAAAUAAAUGUUUUGCCAAUAAGACACCCCAAUCUUCAAAUUACCGAAUUUAAUAAAAAUGGAAUCGAGGAAUUCGAAAAACCUAUAAACUUCCUAAUGGACUUUACUGACAAUUUUCAAAUUAUCAUGGAUGUUGUAAGUUCAUCAAAACAAAUUCCCAAACAAAACCUAAUAUUGACUUAUAAUAACUUUAGAGUAUUUCAAUUGGGAACCCCGGCAAGUUUAGGAAUCACUGAUGAAGCUACCUUUGAUGUAAUGGAUUUGGUUGAUGUUGAUGGUAGCAGUUGUAACAGUAUUGGUAUUGGCAACGUUAUUUUAAGUAGUGGUAGUAAUAUUGCUAGCUCUUCUUAUGAUUAUUUACAUUUGAAAUUAUUAGAGGCAUCUAACACAAUUACAAAACUUAGAGUUAAAAAGACAUUGACAAUUCAAGCAGUAAUGAGUCAAUUCAAGCGUAUGAAGAAUCUUUUAGAUAAUAUGCAAUUCAGAUUAAAAUUUGAGGAUGAAUUUUUAUCACCCACAGAUCAAGUUGGUGAUACUGAUUUGGAAGAUGCUCCCUAUGAAGUUGCUGAGGUGGUUGAGGAGGUUGAAGAUGGAGGAGGCACUAAUAAAAAUUAG